AUGGACUCAGAGAACAUGAACACAAGCGAGCACUUCGAGAACAUCGAGAGGCUUUUGCCUUCUCCAGCAGUCGACAAGGUUGCAUUCAUGAAGUGCCUCCAAGAGCUCUUGGGAGAUCAGCCUGAUCAGAUGGCCGCCUUCGUGAGAUGGCGCGCCUCCCAAGAGCGUCGCACUCCGAGUCCGCCACCAACCCCCGCAUCCGAGAUCCUCUCGCAAAUCAAGCUACUCGAUUGCCGUCAAGAGUACAGGGUGGUGGCGCUCACCGAUGUCGUUUAUCUAGGCACGGAUGUCGACAUACCGUUGGCAAAGGACGAUUCCUUCGAAUACAUUAUCCGAACCGGUGGCCAGAUGCUGGACCAGCUAUGCGUAGCUCCGGCUGUAAGCGAUUCGAUGGACCUCCACGGGUGUAUAACCGAGCUGCAUACCCCUCCGUCUCUCCCAUCAGCGCCAGCCCACGAGGUGUCACUUCCAAGAUUUGUCCAGGAUUUUGGCCACCUCUGGUACAAAGAUCUGCGCAAUGAAAAAUCCGCUGCCCAAGGGUUCAAGGAAACCGACUACAUCGCCGUAAUCGAUGUCACCACCCCAAAGAAACCGGUUUGGCUCGUAUAUGACUAUUGCCCAGAGAACCCGCUAGGAGAUCGGGAGCCGGUGGUUCUUGACCAUAUGGGAUGCCAGCGCGCUGUAUUCCCAAACGUCACGGCACAGUUUGAUACGGCGCAAAUCCUGGCUUCAGUGCAUAAUUGGAACGAUGGGUUGACCCCAAGGAUGAUCGAACGUCGUAUAAACGAGACUGGACGAGUUGCGGAGCCAGUACCGAGGAUAUCCAAUAGAUGGACGCUACUUGCAGCAAUUGAUCACGAGUGGAGUCGAUAG